AUGUCGGCACCUGAAAUUAAUGCUUACUUUACAGGGAACGGGACGUACAAGCCUAUAAACCCGAUUGUCUCGAAAGUUGGUGAUUUCACGCCGUUUUACAUUGCCAUUGCAAUCUGCUCGGUGAUUCUCGGCUUCCUGAUCAUACUGAACGUGGUGUGCUGCUGUUCCAGGUACUCAGAGUACUGGCUUGACAGACAUACAGGUAAUCGCUGGAUCGUGUCAAUCUGGUCAGCAACUCCACACAAGCAGCCACCACUGGACUUCACAGAGCUCGAGAGCAACUUCCAACAAGUACACUAUGUGCAUCCCUACGGAGAAGACAGUGAAGAGUACCGUGACAUCCACAAACACAGCGUCCCACCGUCAGUGUCUCAACAGCCACUGACUUCUUCCCAGGAGUACUUGGAGUUGCACAAGAGGGAGAGUGACAUUUAG